UUACAACAUCCCAUCACAUAAAAUGACAAGAAUGAGGUUUACUCAGUACUGGUGAAAGAUGGGUACACCAACAAUAGUUCAAGGACAAAUUAAAGUUUAAAAGAUGAUGUCUCUUAGACAUCCUGGGUCUUUUAUUUUCAUAGUUUUGGCCAUCCCUUCUAUCUUUGUAAACAUUUAUUAGAUAUGGUAGAGCUACUCCAAGCUUCAGCAGGUGGUUUAUUUUUUAAGCACUUCUUUUCUUGUUAUUAAUAUGCAUAACAGGAUGUCAAGACUCUCCACUGAAGCCAGAUGUCAUGAUUCUGUCCCGCCUGUUUCCGUUCUCAUGCUUUUAUUUUGACAUUACUUCCUGUUUUUGUUUCACCUCAGUUUCGGACUUUUAUUUUAAUCAGCAUGCACCUGUUUUCACCCCUAUUUAGGCAGCUGACUCACACCAGGCAGCUGACAGAUUGUUCUAACCCAUGACAGACUUUCCAACAUUACUCUUGUUUACUGUAUUUCCUGUUUUUGACCUCGGAUCAACUUGGACCGCUGUUUAUUGCUUUGCCCCCCUAUUCGGACUGUUUUCGGUGUAUGGAUUAUCGGACUUCUCUUUCUGACAUCUCGUUUGGAUACCUUGGCUGUAUGUGUUUGCUGGUUCUGACCCUGGACUGCAUUAUCGACCUAUGCAGGUGUGGGACACGGCGGGUCAGGAGAGGUUUCGUACAAUCACCCAAAGCUAUUACCGCAGCGCUCAUGGUGCCAUGAUCACCUAUGAUAUCACACGAAGAUCAACCUUUGACUCAGUGGCUAGUUGGAUAAAUGAGGUGGAGCUGUAUGGAGCAGCCAAUGUAGUACUGGUCCUCAUAGGUAAUAAAUGUGACCUGGAACAGGAACGGCAAGUUCAGUUUGAGCAAGCCUGUGAUCUGGCAAAUGAUAAAGGCAUACUGGCUGCUCUAGAAACAUCUGCAAAGGAGAGUCAGAAUGUGGAAGAAGCCUUCAUGAUAAUGGCCAGGGAGUUGAUGUCUCGUAACGGUCUUCACGUCCAGCAGUGGGACUUUGAGAGCAACAACACACCUCGAGUUCUUCUCCAUUCCAACUCUCAGCCGGUUAACGGUAUCAUACCUAGCUACACACCACCAGAGAAGAAGUCAUGUUGCUGAUAUACAUGGGACAAUAAAGGGGGUUAGAAAUUAAGAGUUGACUGCGGAUGAGGAAGAGGUUUAAGGACACAUUUAAUUAUUAUUUCAGAAGAGGAAUGGCAGAAGAAACAACAAAAGUGCAUGGAUGUCGAUUAUGUGCUGGCAAGGCCUCAAGAACUGAGAAUCUGUGCAUUAAGGACAUUUGUGCAAUUAUUGAAAAGUGUUGUAGUGUGUACUUUGCUGUGACUUGACAAGAAGAGAACUGUUCAGCUGGUGAAGUGUGAUGAGAAAGUCAAACCAGGCAUGUUUACCAUGUGAGUGGUGAUGGGUAUGAUCAAUGUUGUGGGAAAACCUAAUUUAUAUCAACUACAUCUGGACUGUUUGUUCUCCUCCAGUUAUCUGAUAUUAUCCAAACAAAAAUGCUGCAGGACACAUGUAUUUUGAAAAUAUGCACUAACCACAUAAUCAAAUUCCAAAAUAAAAAAUUAAAAUGUUAUGCUGGUUACCAUCAAGCGUUCUCAAGCUGCUAGCCUUAACCAACAAAACGGUUCCAUAACCGGUGUGUGUUUAUACAUGUAUAUUAUAGUACGGUAGACUCAGAGUAUUUCACCCAAGUGACCUCUUGUAGUGCCUUGAUGAUGAGCUGUAAUCCUUUGGUAGAAAAAGCCCUGGACAACCUGCUACAGCCAAAAAACUGUGAAUUAUACAUUGUUGUUUGACUUUCUCUGGUGACAGUUGUAGACAUAGUGUCCUACAUUGUCAUAAAUGUCUUUAAAAGGCUUUGAA